UCCGUCUCGUUUGGUAUCGUCGGGUUGGACUUCAUUUCUCGCAUCCAUAGAGGCAUAGACGAACAAUUAUCAGAGGCGACCAAGGGAGCUAAUCCGUCGCCUUUCCGGGCUCCGUCGAUCCUCCCGCCGAUCCCGUCGGCCCGCCGCGCCGAGCGUACGAUUUGUGUGGCAUGGGGACUUCCUCCGGCGCGAAUUUCCAUCAGCAGCCCCCGCCGCAGGGGAUGCUGCCGCCCCGGCACGGCGCACGGCCUCCGAGCCUGCAGACGUCCCUCUCGCUGGCCUCGUCGGAGCAGGUCGGCUCGCCGGAGAUGCAGGAGCCCGUGUCCAACUCUGACCAGGGGCACGACUCUGCCACCGAGAGCGCGAGCUCCAGGGAGACCUGGCCCGUGGAGCCGGAGCAUAGCAACGCUGCCGCUGCGAGUAGUGGCGGCGGCGUGAUAAAACUGGACAGGGCCAAGGACAUGGGGAAUGGUACCCCCAAGCUGCAGGUUAUCCGCGGAAGCUCCCGCAUCGACAGGGUUUCGCUGAGGGAGGUUGCGCGCGAGAGAGUUGACCUAGUUGCUGAGAGAAUGAAGGGAAUGCCAGAGGAGCACCUGGAGGAGAUCAAGAAUGAGCUCAGGUCCAUUCUGGAAGGGACCGGGGGCUCUCACCAUAUCGAGGAGUUUCUGUAUCUGCAGAAGUUUGUCCAGGGCAGGGGUGAUUUGACGCCAACUAUGCUUUCACUAGCCCAUCACGUUCAGCUGGAGAUCCUUGUGGCAAUCAAGACUGGAAUCCAGGCGUUCUUGCAUCCCAGCGUUACCAUUCCCCAAAGCCGCCUGGUGGAAGUCUUCUUGUACAAGAGGUGCCGAAACAUCGCUUGCCAGAGUGCUCUCCCUGCCGAGGAGUGCAGGUGCAAUGUGUGUGCUAACAGGAGUGGGUUUUGCAACCUUUGCAUGUGUGUCAUCUGCAACAAGUUUGAUUUCGAGGUCAACACGUGCCGCUGGGUUGGAUGCGAUUUCUGUUCUCACUGGACUCAUACCGACUGUGCGAUUCGUGAUGGCCAGAUUGGGACGGGGCAGUCAAUCAAGAGCGGCACUGGUCAUGCUGAAAUGCUUUUUAGGUGCCAGGCUUGCCAGAAGACAUCAGAAUUGUUCGGUUGGGUCAAGGAUGUGUUUCAGCAAUGUGCUCCUGGUUGGGAUAGGGAUGCUUUAUUGCGGGAGCUUGAGUUUGUUUGUAAGAUAUUUCGUCUAAGCGAAGACCCAAAAGGGAGGAAUUUGUUCAGGAAAUGUGUAAAUCUCAUUGAAAGGUUGAGGAACAGUUCUCCUGAUUCUGUCAAUCCUAGAAUGAUAAUGCAUGCACUUCGAGAGCUCGAUAUGGAUUCCCCAAAGAACUCUGAAAGUGAAGAAUCGGGGCGCUUGAUCACCCCCCAGGAUGCCUGUAACCGUAUUGCGGAGGUUGUCCAGGAAGCUGUCAGAAAGAUGGAGCUUGUCGCUGAAGAGAAAAUGGGGCUUUACAAAAAGGCCCGCCUCGCUGUGGAUGCCUGUGACCGGGAGCUUGACGAGAAGGCCAGAGCAGUUCAGGAGUUCAAGGCCGAGAGGCUGCGGAAGAAGCAGCAGGUGGAAGAGCUCGAGAGCAUUGUUCGGUUGAAACAGGCAGAGGCCGAGAUGUUCCAGCUCAAGGCAAGUGAGGCCCGUCAGGAGGCUGAGAGGCUCCAGAGCAUCGCACUCGCCAAAUCUGAGCGGGCCGAGCAGGACUACGCUAGCCUCUACCUCAAGCGUCGCUUGGAGGAAGCGGAAGCAGAGAAGCAGUUCCUCUUCGAGAAGAUAAAGCUUCAGGACGGUCAUCGGCCCCCGCAGGCGAGCAGCAGCGCGGCCAGUGAUCCCUCCCACCCACCCUCUCAGACGAUGAUGCUGUCCAAAAUUCAGGACCUUCUCAAGAACGUCCGCACCAUGCCGCCAAAAUCGGAGCCGCACUCCAAAUAAGAGCAGGAUUGCUAUUCCUGCUCAGAUCGGUGACUAGAGGUUUUAUUGUGCUAAUGUUGUGGUGGUUUCUUCAGUGUGAGAAGUAUUAACGAGAGUAUAAUCGGCGUCGUCCCCUUAGGAAACCAAAUGCUGUUGAGUUUGUCCAACUGCAGGUGGGGAUAUACUAGGCUAAUGAUGCGCCUGUAGGCUACAUUAUAGUCUUGUUAGUACUUUGAGAACGGUAAUGCUUGUAUCCUGCUAAAGUUUGUUCCAGUAGAUGAAACAGAGCUGAAGCAAACAGUGUUGUAUCUGUUACUUGUUGUUGGCCGGAAA